CGGGGCGGCUGGUUGGGGACUGACUGGACUCUGGGAAUCAGGAGGAAUGCCCCAGGUAGAAUUAUUUAGUAUGUUUCCACUGGCCGAGGAGAAGAAACCUGUGGCGCGAUUGUUGCUGAGUGCAGGGACCUGCCCGAGGUGUGUCUUCCGAUUCUGCGGUGUGGAUCUGCACACUCCUUACAAGCUUCCCUAUAAGGAGUUGCUCACUGACCUACAAAAAUUUCUGAAAACUGAAAAAGAUGAGUUAACUUUGGAAAUCACAAACCCACCUCUGAAAAAAAUGCGACUACAAGAUCUGGAGACUGGCGCGGAUAAUCCAAGUGAGAAUGGAGAGAUGAAGGACUCUGUGUCUGAAGAUGAAAGCGUUGCUUCCGCGGAUGCCACUUCACGUGUAUGCAAUGUGUGUCUUGGAGUUCUUCAAGAAUUCUGUGAGAAAGAGUUCAUUAAAAAGGUGUGUCAGAAGGUUGAGGCCUCCGGAUUUGAAUUUAGCAGCUUGAUGUUUUCAGUCUCCUUCCCAGCACAGCUAUCUGUAAGAGAGCAUGCUGCAUGGUUGCUGGUAAAACAGGAAAUGGGGAAGCAGAAUCUGUCUCUGGGAAGAAAUGAUAUAAUUCAGCUAAAAGAAGCUUACAAAUGGAUAACUCAUCCCCUGUUUUUAGAGGAACUGGGUGUUCCUGUUGAUGGAAAGAGCUUGUUUGAAGUGAGUGUGGUCUUUGCUCACGCAGAAACAGUUGAGGAUUGCCACUUCCUAGGUAUGAUAUGCUCAGAUUGUUUCAAGCCAGCAAAAAAUAAACAGUCAGUAUUCACUAGGAUGGCAGUUAUGAAAGCUUUGAAUAAGAUAACAGAAGAGGAUUUCCGGAAGCAGUUCCCUUGUCCUCCAAAGUCACCAAAGGCUGUAUGCACUGUUCUUGAAAUUGAAUGUGCUCAUGGUGCUGUUUUUGUGGCUGGGAGAUAUAAUAAAUACUCCAGGAACCUCCCACAAACUCCUUGGAUCAUUGAUGGAGAAAGGAAGCUGGAGUCAUCGGUGGAAGAAUUAAUUUCAGAUCAUCUGCUGACAGAAUUCAAAGCAGAGAGUUUUAAUUUUUCAUCCUCCGGAAGAGAAGAUGUGGAUGUGAGAACAUUAGGAAAUGGAAGGCCUUUUGCUGUUGAACUGGUGAAUCCUCACAGAGUUCACUUUACUUCACAAGAAAUUAAGGAACUUCAGCAGAAAAUUAAUAAGUCAUCUAAUAAAAUCCAAGUGCGUGACCUGCAGCUUGUGACAAGAGAGGCAAUAGGACAUAUGAAAGAAGGUGAAGAAGAAAAGACCAAGACCUACAGUGCCUUAAUAUGGAUAAAUAAAACAAUCCAGAAGAAAGACAUUGAAUUCCUCGAUAAUAUAAAGGACCUCAAGAUUGACCAGAAAACACCGCUCCGGGUCCUCCACCGCAGGCCCUUGGCCGUGAGAACUCGUGUCAUUCACUCCAUGGAGACACACUAUGUGGAUGAGCAUCAUUUUCGCCUCUUUCUCAAGACUCAAGCUGGGACCUACAUUAAGGAGUUUGUUCAUGGAGACUUUGGGAGAACCAAGCCUAACAUUGGCUCUCUGAUGAGUGUGACUGCAGACAUUCUUGAGCUGGAUGUUGAGUCUGUGGAUGUUGACUGGCCACCUGCUCUGGAAGACUAAUUUAUCCAAUGUGGAGACCAAGGGUAGUGAAGACACUACUGAAACGAUGUAGAUAUCCGUGCAACAUAUACUGUAAUAAGGCUGUUGACCCACCAUAACGGUGUCUCAGAAACCUUUUGGAUCACGUUGAUCCAUAUAUAAUUUUUUUAGUUUAUUUUAACAACUCAGGAUCUGUAUGUGCAUAUUUUAUGUUAACUUGUUCCAAGGAUGUCAUAAUUUUUCUUAUUUUCUCUCAUGCUCCACAAGUCAAAUUUAUGAAUAAGGACAUUCUGAUUCUUUGACUUAGAGAGGUACACAAGACAUACUCUGCUGAGCUGAGCAGCUGUACUUGCAGCAAGCUUUCCCUCAACAAGAGGCAUUCCACCUUUAAAAUCAUGUUGCAAAAUUUUAAAAUUAUCUGGAAAACUUUACCUUGAUUUAUGUUUCCCCAUGUCCUAUAAUAUCCUAAGAUAUUAGAUGAAAAUCUGACAGAAUUAACAUUUUUCCUAGU